AUGGCAGUUGAGGAUCUGGAGAGAUGGAUCGAGCAGUUCAGUCUUCUGAUGCGAGACUUCCCGAUCCGCGACUUCAGCUACAUCACCUUCCCGUUCGUCCUUGUAGUCAUCGGCGGGUUCUUCCUCUACACUACCCACGUAGACUACUGGGACAAGCCCAAGCGAUAUACCAUCCCGGCCCCCAAACAACCCGCCGAGACGAAGAUCCUCGAGAACCCGACCAUCAAGGCGUCCGGGACGACGGCAAUACAAUGCUAUGCUCCGGCGACGGGCCAGUUCCUGGGCUUCGUCAACCCGUCCACGCCCGCGGGCCUCGAUCGCGCCAUCGCACAAGCCGCCGCCGCACAGGAGAAAUGGGCGCAGACCACGUUCGCCGAGCGCAGGAAGGUUCUGCGGUCAAUGCUGCAGUACAUCCUCGAGAACCAGGAGCAGAUCUGCCGUGCCAGUUCGCUCGACUCGGGCAAGACCAUGGUCGACGCCCAGCUGGGGGAGAUCAUGGUGACGGUCGAGAAGCUGCAGUGGACGAUCAAGCACGGGGAGGAGGCGCUGCGCCCGAGCAAGCGGCCGACGAACCUGCUGAUGACGUACAAGAAGAACACGGUGCACUACGAGCCCAUGGGCGUGGUGGCGGCUCUCGUCAGCUGGAAUUACCCCUUCCAUAACCUGAUGGGGCCCAUUAUCAGCUCUAUAUUCGCGGGCAAUGGGAUCGUGGUCAAGGUCAGCGAGCAGACGUGCUGGAGCGCUGCGUACUACACGAGCAUCGCGAGGGGUGCUCUCGUAGCACACGGCCACGACCCGUUGCUUAUACAAAGUGUGGUCUGCUGGCCGCAGACGGCAGGACAUCUCGCGAGCCAUCCGGGCAUCAACCACCUCACCUUCAUCGGCAGCCGGGCAGUCUGCCAUCACGUCGCGGCAAGUGCUGCGAAGAGCCUGACCCCCGUUGUAGCAGAGCUCGGCGGCAAAGACGCGGCAGUGAUCCUGGACUCGGCAACAGGGGAUCUGAAGAGAAUAGUCGACGUCCUUAUGCGCGGCACCUUUCAGGCCUCGGGCCAAAACUGCAUCGGCAUCGAACGCAUCGUCGCCGCGCCCGGCGUCUACGACAAGCUCGUCUCCAUGCUGGCGCCGCGCGUGCAGGCGCUACGCAUGGGUCUCGACAAGGACGUCGGCGCCAUGGUCUCGGACGCCUCGUUCUCGCGCCUGGAGAAGCUGGUCGAAGACGCCGUCGCCAACGGCGCUCGCCUGCUGGCCGGUGGCAAGCGAUACUCGCACCCGGACCACCCGCACGGUUUUUACUUCACCCCCACCCUCGUCGUCGACGUGACGUCCGACAUGGCGCUCGCGAACGAGGAGUGCUUCGGGCCCAUCAUGACGGUCCUGCGCGCGCCGUCCCCUCACGCCUCGGACCUCCUGGCCCUCGCGAACGCGCCCGCCUUCGGACUUGGGGCUUCCGUCUACGGCUCCGAAUCCGACCGUGCGCUCCGGCAGGUGGUGAGGGGCCUGCGCGCCGGCGGCGUGAGCGUCAACGACUUCGCCGUCUACUACCUGGUGCAGCUGCCGUUCGGCGGCGUCGGCGGGUCGGGCUACGGCCGGUUCGCGGGCGAGGAGGGUCUGAGGGGCCUGUGUAAUCUCAAGAGCGUGUGCGAGGACCGCUGGGGCUGGUUGGGGGUCCGCACGUCGAUCCCGCCGGCUGCACGGUAUCCCGUCCAGAGUCAGGAGAGGGGCUGGCGGUUCACGAGCGGGGUUGUGGUGCUGGGGUAUGCGCUUACGCUGAGGGAGAAGGUUGGGGGGCUCGUGGGGAUUUUGCGGAAUAGUUGA